CGCGUGGUGCUUCGUGCCGUUUAAAAACGUGCCAGCGUUCGAAGCGAUCGGACGUGUGCUCUCUUCCCUACAAAAAUCGCAGUAGCCUUUGUCGCGUCGACCAGCAGUGUAGUAGUGGCCUCCGUGACCCGUACCUGAUAACAACACAAACAAGCGUUUGUGCUUUCCGCUACUCUCCAGCCUUUUGCAGAAUCAUCACCGCCAGCGCGCGCGUCUACUGAAGCCUGCCGUGACUAAUCAGCCGGGCAACAAAAAAGCGCAACACAGUUGCAGUGGGGAAAAAAACAAAGAAACAAAGUGCGUUAAACACACACACACACCAUGACUAACAAAUCGGCAGCCGCCUUUCUUCUCGUGGGAGCUGUUUGUCUCACACUGAUGCCAACUUUAACCUCGGCGGCGGAGUUUGCUAACUGCGCAAAUGAAACGGCGAUCGGGAAGUACACGCAGGUCGAGGUGUCGAACUGUGCCGACAGUGAUAAUUCCUGUGUCCUGAAGCGCAACUCCAACGCUACCAUCUCCAUCACCUUCACCAGUGGCGAAGAUCUGUCCGAACUGAAGGCGGUCGUGCACGGCAUCAUCCUCGGCAUGGAGGUACCGUUCAAGCUGCCGAACGAUGACGGCUGCAAGGACAGUGGACUGGAGUGCCCGCUCACGAAGGACACCAGCUACCGGUACAGCACCACCCUGCCGGUCCUCAAGCAGUACCCCAAGGUGAGGAACUUGCUAAUGGAAAGGUUUUUUUUGCGUUCCAGAGGCGGUAAUUUACAAACAAAAUCAUUUCCCGCCGCAAAAUGCGCGCUUAUCGCUAGAAUAAUCAUUUCUUUUAAUGGUUUUUUUUCCAUCACCAAACCAAAUUCUAUCAUCGAGCGGAACGUGUUCUUUUGGCUGGUAGCAUCAUUAACGCACCGAACCGUAGCAAAACAGAUUUGUUUUUUCUAGUCUUUUUUUACACAUUACCCCCUGUUUUCAUGUACCGCAAGCAUCUACAUUACGCACAUUUUUUUUCCAUUUUGUUGAUUCAAAUGAUAUGACAACGCGUUCUUAAGCCAUAUGUGUUGUUGUUUUCCUAUGUUUGCUUCGUCUCACGCAGGUUUCCGUCGAGGUCAAGUGGGAGCUAAAAGCAGGUGACAAGGAUGUGCUUUGCGUGCUGAUUCCGGCCAAAAUACAGUAAGCAGCGCGGAGUAAGCGCCAUCGCCGACGGGUUUUCCCUCGGCACAGCAAAACCCGAACACGUGCUUUUUGCCCCCCUCCCAUCUCCUCUUUCUGUACGCUCUUCUUUCACUGGGCGAGCUUCCGGUAAGGUCAUCGAAAGAAUAAAAGCCGGCAAGCCGAGGCAAUUGACGAUGAUCAGACUCCAUUAAACGGUGCCGCUGCAUUGUUUCCAAGACGCGGACCACCACCGGCGCCGACGACAGUACCAACAGCCAAACAAAAAGCCCCCACAACCCAUCCCGCCGGAUGGGUGCAUUAUAUACCCUCUUUGUCCGACCCCCGGUACAGUGCAGUGAGCGUACGGUGGUGGUGCUGCUGCUGCUGCCGCUCCUUAAUCCGUUAAUUAGAUUACAAUUGAGUGCGGCUUUUACAAUCCAACCCAAUAAAAAGAUCAACCACACACACA